AUGUAAAAUAACUCAUUCAAUAGAGUACUUUGCUAGAACAAUAUUAAUUAUAAGUAAAAGACCAUGCACUAAAAUUUUUGGAAUGAAACCAAUUAAAGAAAAGAAUAAUCCCCAAUAACAUAUGAUUAUUGGAACCAUAAUAAAUUUGAUACCAUGUAAGAUCAUGACAUUGAAGAAUUGCCAAUUUCUUUGCCUAAACUUAAAAAUAUAAUGUAUAUAUACCAUCUAUUUUAGGAGUUACUUGUCUGACAAAGCUUAUGAGGAACCAGAAUCACCCAUAAAUAUGGAAGUUCAGAAUCAGAACCAAGCAUAAGAAGUUAAUAAAAAUGAAAACAUACAAUUACCAAUCAUUUAAAUUUAAGAUCAACACUCUAAAGCUGAUGAUCCUUGCACUAUAACUCUAGAACAAAGAAGUAGAAGAAUUCGUAAAUCAAAGUUUAAACCUACUAUUAAUACAAAUCAAGACCUUAAUUAGGAAUCAGACUUUUAUUCAUAAUAACUUGAGACUAACACAACUCCUUGUAAAUGCACUAAAUCUAACUGUCUUAAGUUAUAUUGUCAAUGUUUUCAUUAAAAUAAGUAAUGUACAAAACUUUGUAAAUGCGUUGCUUGCAAGAAUUGUGAUGAUCAUUUCCCAAUAAGACAGACAGCAUUAGAAAAAAUUAAAAUAAAGUCUUAACGAUAAAAACAUGAUGAUGAUUUAUUUGAUCGAUCUAAAGUAUGGGGUUGUAAAUGUUAAAAAUCCCAGUGUUAAAAAAACUAUUGUGAAUGUUAUAUAAGAAAUCAAAAAUGUUCAUCUAGUUGUAGAUGUAAAGAUUGUGCUAAUAAGAAAAGAAUACCAGUUUAAUUUAAGAAGAAAAAGAAAAUUGAAAGUGAUUCCAAUUGA